CAAAAUGAAUUAUUUCUUUAUUAAACAAAAAUAUUAUUCCAGCAAUGGACGCACACGUAUCCUCUACUCUCGAAUUGCCAAGACUUGAGGAAAAUUCAGAGUGUGUCAAACCGUGCUCCAGAUACAAAACUGGUGAUUAAAAAUAUAAUAAAAUUGUUGACAUCAAUCAAAUAAUCCGUCACGAGAUCCAUUUUUGGAAAAAAUUUCCUCAAGCUCUUGACAAUUCCUGAAUAAUUCGUAAUACCGAGAUUAUCUUAACGAGAAAUUCGUGUUUUACGAGCGUCCUAUAAAAAAAACAGGGAAUUCUCCGCAUCAAAGUGAUAUUGUUUUUUAAAAAUUGUGAAGAUGUGUGCUAUUCUUAUUCUCGCUUUUGUGUUGGCUCUUGCAUCUAUUACGGGUGCACAACCCCAACUUGGAUUUGGAAUUCUCAAUCCAUGUGGCCCGAAUCAGUCACUUCGUUUGUGUGGACCUCUCUGUCCGGCAAUUUGUGCAAAUCUAAGACCAAUAUGCGAUGUUACCAUAUGUAUACCAGGAUGUUUUUGCAACCCCGGAUAUGUGAGAAUAGUGCGUAAUGGGCCUUGUGUAAAAGUAUGUCCCAUAGGUCCCGGGGGUUUAACCUCUAAUAUUUUAGGUUUAGGAUAAUAAUACGGUAAAAACACGAAUUGGUCAAAUAAUAAUAAAAAAUGCAAUGAAACACGCGUGGUAAAUAAAUCUAUGAUAAUAAA